AAUUUAGACGCAUGCUUGGGUGCAGCCCAUUCAAGAUGCUGGCCAUCACUGCGUUACUUCUAAUCGUGCAAUACGUAUCACCAACAUACGGUGCAUGCUUUGAUGCCGUCCUCGAAGAUGCUAUAGUAAAAGCCCAUAAUGACCUGAGAUAUGAUGUUGCGACCAAAAAUUUAAAUGCCAAAAUUUAUGGAGACAUUCCAGGAACGAAGAGUUUGUUCAACUUGGAAUACGAUUGCGGCUUCGCAAAUCUUGCCGAAGCACUUAUACCGAAGGACUGCCUUAGACCGGCUCUCGACUAUUCUUCAAUGGGAUACGGCAGUAAUUUUAGAAAGUUCCGCACACCCAAAAGAGUUGAUGAAUCAGAUAUAAAUUAUCUCGCAGAAUAUUACAACAUAAUCGUACAAGAAUGGGCUAUGAAGGACAUUGUUCCUCUUGAUUCUAAUGCUGUAUACAAGGAUAAACGCAUGGAAGCUUUUGCUAACAUGGUUUAUCACAAAACUAUUGCGUUUGGAUGCAAGCACAGAACCUGCGAUGACACCACAAUGGCUAUCGCAUGUGUGUACGAAUCACUACCAAAGAUUGGCGAACCACUUUUCGUGCCAAAUCCACAAGCGAAAAAUAAGAAAGGAUGUACAGCACAUAAGACUUGCAAAGAGGUUAGACCAGGAACCAAAUGUAUGCAAAAUCCAGAUGGUACAUUGGGACCCCUCUGCGUACUCCAUGACAUUACAACCACAGCCUCCACUGAAAGCACCACAACUUCUGCAACAACAACACCCACGACUACAUCGACGUCUACUUCAACCACGACAUCUACUUCGAGCACAACGACUACAACGACACCUACGACUACUUCGAGUACAACAACUACAACAACACCUACGACUACUUCGAGCACAACUACCACUUCUGCGACAUCAACAACCACAUCUACAACAACUUCCACUUCAAGCACAACAACAACUACCGCGGUUCCAACGCUGAUGACUGCGGAGAUGCGAGAGGAAUUGCUUGGAAAGCUGAAUCAUUAUAGAUCGGAGCUGGCUAAGGGAAAUGUCAGAAAUGGAAUAGAAGGAAAAGCCAAUCUUCCGGUAGCCAAGGAUAUGUACGAAAUGCGAUAUGAUAUGGACCUUGAAAAAGAAGCUCAAGCCGCAGCUGAUAAAUGCGAUGCCACAUCAGAAGUGCAAUCAAGGGAUGGCCAAAUUGCUCAGCUGAACGAAACGUCAUUUACCGAAAAGGAAGUGCUUCUAGGGACGCAAGAAUCAUGGUUUUGGCAAAUAUUGAAAAACGGCAUGAAUUAUCAGAUGCAGUACACAGAAACCUUGGAAUCGAAGCCUUCUUCACCAAACGCAUUCACUCGGAUGGGAUGGGCUAAAUCAUACAAAGUCGGCUGUGGAAUGGCACACUGCAGCGCUGGCACUGCUAUCAUCUGUCGCUACGAUCCACCAGGUAACCAAUACGGUCAGUACGUUUACACGCCCGGCAGUGAAAGUGACCUCUGCGCUUCCUGCAGUGACCCGUGCAAUGACGGACUGUGCCCACCACCAAUUAAUUGAUUGGCUAUUAUUUCCAACAAAUAAGAGCUAUUGAAAAUAAAAUUUUCGUAUAUU